AUGGUAUUACCUCGUAAAAUCAAAACAAUUGGAAAUCGACAUGAAUUAAAUACUAGAAAACGUAAAACGACAAUAACGAACAGUAAUAAUAAAAAGAAAUCAAAACGACGUUUAUUAUUAAAAAAAUUAGUUCAUACAAAACGAAACAAAUUAACCAAACGUGUGGAUUUAAACGAUCCUUCAAUAAAUACUAUAACUCUACGACGAAGCCGACGUUUAAAUAAUAAACAUAAACAACCAAUUUCUCCUAUUGUAGUAAAAACAUAUCCACUACGAUCACGUUUACAACCUACAAAUAAUACUAUUCCAAUAGUCACUAAUCAUUGUUCACAUUCAAUAAAACAAGAGCAUUUAUUCUCAUCAAUGGGUCUUCGCAAUGGUAAAAUAGUCAAUCUACGUUCCUUUAUAUCGGGUUCAACAACACCUACAAAUCAGGAUAUAACAGCAUCAUCAUUGCCUUUACUUUCAUUUAAUCCUCUACCAAUUCAUCACCCAACAACACUAUCCUAUUCAUCUACAAAUACAAAUAAUAAUAAUAACAAUAAUAAUAAUAACAACAAUAAUAAUAAUAAUGAUUUGAAUUCAUUAUACUAUUAUUCGAAUAUAACUAAUCAUGCAUCAUUAGAUCCAAGUAAAUAUUUUCCUACUCGACUUGAUAUUCUUCUCGAUCGACCACCAGUUUCACGUGAAAAACAAGUUGAAUACAGAUGGAAUCAUGAAGAUCGCUCAAUGAACAUUUUUGUUAAACAUAAUGAUCCAUGUACUUUCCAUCGACAUCCUGUAGCACAAAGUACUGAUGCAGUUCGAUGUAAAAAAGCAUUCACAAGUGGUAUUCAUGUAUGGGAAAUUGAAUGGAAUACAAGACAACGUGGUACACAUGCAGUAGUUGGUGUAGGCACGUUAAGAGCUCCACUUCAUUGUCCUGGCUAUCAGGCAUUAGUCGGCAUGAAUCAAGAAUCAUGGGGAUGGGAUUUAGGUCGAAAUAAACUUUAUCAUAAAGGCAUCAAUAGUGUCUAUGCGGCAACGCAAUAUCCAUUAACAGUAGCAGGCUCAUAUAAUUUAUUAUCUCCAACAACGUCUUCAUCGUCUGCUAUGGCUGAUCCAGCUGAUGCAAUAAAUAACAAUGGCGUUGCAUAUUCAACAAAGUCCGAUGAAGGUUUUGUUGUACCCGAUAAAUUUCUUGUUAUUCUUGAUAUGGAAGAAGGAACAUUAUCAUAUAUUGUCGACGGACAAUAUCUAGGUGUAGCAUUUAGUAAUCUUAAAGAUAAAGGCGCACUUUAUCCUAUGGUAUCGUCGGUAUGGGGUCAUUGUGAAAUAACAAUGCGUUAUAUAAAUGGAUUAGAACCUGAACCACUCCAAUUAAUGGAUUCAUGCCGUCGACUGAUACGUAAACGGCUAGGACGAACUAAUUUACAUUUGAUCAAUGAAUUGCCAUUGCCUAAUUCUCUUCGAAACUAUUUGAUUUAUCAAUAG